AUGCAAGUGCCGGUUCUCGGCUGCACUUUCCUCACGCUGUCAGAUCGUGAGGAAAGUACUGCAGAGAACCGGCAGUUGUCAGAGCGGGGAUCGGCACCGAUCAUCAGGGCACUGAUGAUCAGUGCCCUGAUGAUCGGUGCCCAGCAGUGCCACCCACAAGUUCCGCCCACCUGUGCCCUGCUCUCCGCCCACCUGUGCCCAGCAGUGCACCCACCUGUGCCACUCUGCAAUUUCACACACCUGUGCCCAGAAGUGCCACCUACCUGUGCCCAGCAGUGCCACCCACCUGUGCCCAACCACCUUUGCCCACCAGUGCCACCCACCUGUGCCCAC